ACAACAAUACAAAGCUCGAGAGUAAAAUGGAAGGAGGAGCCAAAGCCUUGGCCAGUCAGUCUCCUCACUCCGUUGAACUGGUCCGGGACGAGACGACGCUGCUCCCUCCAAAAUCACGCACUAAAUCCACCUAAUUCAGUGACUGACACCAAUCUGGGCCACUGCCCUGCUGGAAUUGCAGUGAUGCUAUUAUCAGAGGCGAGAAUUUUUAUGUAUUCUACAUUAUGAAAAAUGAAACCAAAAGGGACAUGUUCAUUGGUGUUGAUCCCGAGCAAUGGAAUUAUUGAUGCGUUAUUAUGUUUUAUGCCGUUUGUUGCAGAAUUGAGCCUCUAAUGCAAGCUCGUGGUUCUUAUCUACUUUUGCGUGUGGAGUUUUAAGAGAAAUUCUGGUCUUGAAAUCAUUUUACCAGACAAGAUGGACACUGAAGUGAUUAAGGUAGAAAUAGAGAAAAGGCAAAGAGAUGGGGUUUCUUGUACACAACGUAGUGAGGAUGGGAAUGAAAAUCAAAGUGGCAAUCCUGUUGAAGGAGAAAACAAUCAAGCUGAUGAUGGGAAUGAGAAACCUUAUGUUGGUAUGGAGUUUGAAUCUGAAGAAUCUGCCAAGAAAUUUUAUGAUGCAUAUGGACGGCGAGUGGGUUUCAGCAUUCAUGCUGGUCAAUACAGUCGCACCAAUCCUGACGGUCCAAUCGUUUCUUGGGAGUUUGCGUGUUCCAGAGAGGUUUUCAAGAGGAAGAAUAUUGAAAGCUGCAGUGCUAUGCUACAUAUUGAGAGAAAGGAUCCAGACAGAUGGGUUGUCACAAAGUUUGUUGAGGAUCAUAAUCACUCUAUUAUGAACCCGAGCAAGGUGCAUUACCUCCGAACCCGUAGGCAUUUUGCUGGAGCUACAAAGAGUGCUCAACAGAUAGUUGAUAAUCAAAAUGAUAUUAUGGUUUCUGUGGAAGGGAACAAUGUAUUGUAUGAUCCAAAUCCCCUUGUUGGUAACACUUCUCUUAAAGAGGCAAAUUGUACACUAAGAAAUGUCUCUCCUGCAGAAAAGAUUCCUGUUGUUAGGAAUUUAUCAUCUGCAGAGGCAAAUCGUGCAACUGUGAACACUGCCCCUGUGAUGCCACUUCAUUUUCUUCAGCCUUCUAGCCGAAGAGGAUCUCUUGGAAAAGAUGCACAGAAUCUUCUGACCUAUUUUCAGAAGAUGCAAGCUGAAAACCCUGGUUUCUUUUAUGCCAUACAGCUUGGCGAUGACAAUCACAUAAACAAUGUUUUCUGGGCUGAUGCAAGAUCAAGGAUUGCUUAUAGCCAUUUUGGUGAUGCAGUAACUUUUGACACCAUGUAUAGACCCAAUCAGUUUCAGGUUCCAUUCGCACCCUUUACUGGGGUUAAUAAUCAUGGUCAAAUGGUUUUAUUUGGCUGUGCACUGCUUUUUGAUGAGUCAGAGGCUUCCUUCACUUGGGUCUUCACAACUUGGCUCUCUGCUAUGAAUAACCGACCUCCUGUUUCCAUCACCACCGACCAAGAUAGGGCCAUCAAAGCAGCUGUCCAUCGGGUGCUCCCAGAAACUCGCCACUGCAUUUGUAAAUGGCACAUAUUAAGGGAAGGUCAUGAAAGGCUUUCUCACAUUUAUAAUGUUCACUCAACUUUGUAUGGAGAGCUUUAUGGCUGCAUCAACUUCUCUGAGACAAUUGAAGAUUUUGAAUCAUCAUGGAGGUCUAUAAAUGAUAAAUAUGAUCUGUGGAAAAAUGAGUGGCUGCAAGCUGUAUACAAUGCCAGGAGGCAGUGGGCUCCUGUUUAUUUUCGUGACACUUUUUUUGCAGCUCUUUCAUCCAACUACGGAGUAUGCUCCUUCUUGGAUGGGUAUGUGAACCAGCAGACAACACUACCUAUGUUCUUUAAGCAGUAUGAACGGGCAUUGGAGAAAUCUGUAGAAAGAGAGGUAGAUGCAGAUUACGAUACAUUAAGUACCACGCCAGUACUGAAGACACCAUCACCAAUGGAACAGCAGGCAGCUAAUUUAUAUACAAAGAAGGUUUUUAUGAAGUUUCAGGAAGAAUUGGUUGAAACUUUUGUUUACACGGCCAAUAAGAUAGAUGGCAGUGGUAGCGCUAAUAAAUUUAGGGUUGCAAAAUAUGAACACGAUCACAAGGCAUACAUUGUCACAUUGGAUUUUUCUGAGAUGAAUGCUCGUUGUAGUUGCCAGAUGUUUGAGUACUCGGGUGUUCUGUGCAGACAUAUAUUGACAGUAUUUACUGUGACAAAUGUAUUGACCAUUCCAUCACAUUAUAUACUAAAGAGGUGGACUCGGAAUGCAAGAGGUGGCCUUCCAGAUGAGCAGGAGAUGCAUAUGGCAUCUGUGGAAUCUCUGAUUGUACGUUUCAACAGUCUUUGUUGGGAAGCUAUAAAGUUUGCAGAUGAAGGAGCUAUUUCUAAUGAGACAUAUCAGGUAGCCAUGGAAACUCUACGUGAUGGUGCAAGGAAGAUUUCUAUGGUUAAGAAAAACGUAGCCACAAUUAAACCCUCUAGUUCUCAGGGAAGUGGAAGUUUUCCGGACCAGAGUAGCAAGAAAGCUUCUUUGUCAUUUCCUGAUACAGCACCAUCCUUGUGGCCUUGUCAAGAAGCUGCAUCAAAUUGUUUCAAUCUCAAUGAUGCAGGAAACCCAGUUUCUGAUUCAAGCCAUCCAACUAUGGCGCCAAUAGCCAUAAACCGUGAUGGUUCCUUGGCUGAUAAUACGGUUGUGCUCACAUGUUUUAAAUCCAUGACAUGGGUUAUAGAAAAUAAAAAUUGGCCAAGUGAAGUGGCUGUUAUCAAUUUGAAGCUCCAAGAUUAUGGCAAGACUCCUUCAGGAGAAUCCGAGGUGCAGUUUAGAGUUACACGAGCCACACUGGAGCCAAUGUUGAAAUCCAUGGCUUAUAUAAGUCAGCAGCUCUCAAUUCCGGCUAACAGAGUUGCUGUUAUCAAUCUAAAGCUCCAGGACCCUAAAACUACAAGUGGAGAAGCAGAGGUGAAAUUCCAAGUUUCAAGAGAUACUUUGGGUUCAAUGUUGAGAUCGAUGGCUUAUAUUAGGGAGCAACUAUGACACCUACAAUAUUGACAGAAGUUGAUAAAACCAUUUAUUGAGAACAGCCAGCAAGCUAGAGGUAACUCAAUGCCAGUUGUUUUAGAAUUUGUUCCACAGCGACAGAGUAUUCUAAGCAACCAAAACUAUCAAAUGACACGAGAUUUCUGAGCCAUGAUCAUUUUCCUGUAUCUCUGCCGGUAUCCAAGGUUUGUCAGCUCGUCUGUAUUACUAUUGUUCGAUAUUGUUUGGUUGCAGCUGUUUACUGUAGUAGUAACAAAUUGAUUGUUCAGUUCUUCCCAGAACUUCUUUGAUGGAUGGAUAUCCAGAUUUCUGUAUAAGCAAUGAAAGAUUGCUCUUUUUCACUAAAUGUCAUUAACUGUAGAAUUUACGCAUAUCUCUAAUUGAUCACGGUUUUUCUCAGACUCGGUAUAAGUUGCCCGAACAUUCUUCACUCUGUUAACCCUUUUCUGUGUUUUCAACGACCUGCAAAAUGACUGAAAACUGCAUCCUAGAUUGAUUGAAAUGGAUAGUAGAAUGUAAACUGCUUACAUUGUUGUUUUUUCUUUCUUUCUUUCUGGUAAAAUAGAAUCAUGUAUAUGUUUGGGGACAUUCAUGAUAUUCCUAAAUAUUUAUGCUAUCAAAUCCUCAAAUGGAAAUUCGGCAUUUAGCUCUAUGGACUAUCUUUAAUUCUGACUGAAAUAGAUCAAUUUAUAUCUACCAAGCGUCGAGAUUGCUCCAAGAAAUUCAUGUGGCCUCUGAUUCUUUGAAACCUAAAUUGGAGGAGACAGCAAGAUUUGCUUUCAUGAAAUGAUGCAUGGUUUUGGACACAAAUUUGGCAAAACCAGAAUUAAUCUUCUUUAAUCCCAUUCUUGAUUGCUCUCACUUACAGCUCUACCAAAUUUGAACUACUCUUUUGUUUUAUUCCAGGCUCUAAUUUAGGGAUAGACUUGAUUUGUUCUAUGGGGGCAAGUAAUUAGGCCUUAUUAGCAAAUUGUUAUCCAUAUCAUGAUUGCCCUUUU